AAAUUAAUACUGUACCAAGAAUGGCAAAUGUGCGUGCGCGUUCUCGCCCUGCGCGAAAACGUCACCCGUGACGUCACGUCCUUCCGAUCCGACGAAAUCCCAGCAAGCGCGGCGCGCUCCCACUCGGUGGUGAAUGGGGGCAGUCCAACACUUCGCCAAAUCAGUUCGCUAACACCUCCCUUGUCUCUUCGCUCCACACGCAGCCGAGCGAAGCGAAGCGACGGGCGGAGCUGCGAGUGCGAGCGUGUCCAGGAAUGAGCAAUGAUGGCCGGCUGUGCAGCAGAGGAGAAAACCUUCCGACGGUUCCUGGAGCUCUUUCUCCGCGAGAUGAGCCCUCCUCUGCAGGACAGCGACCCGCUGCCCUCCCGCCCCUUGACCGACUUGGUGUGCGAGGACGAGGUGGAAGGGGAAUGCCUCGAUUUGUGUCUGCAGCACCUCUACAAAUAUAACUGCCCGUGCUCGCUGGCGGCAGCCUUGGCCAGGGCGACGUCGGACAGCAUCCUACAGAGUGACCUCACCAUCCAUCACCUCAUCAAGAGUGUGGAAGACGGAGUCGGACCCUUACCCCAGAUCGAGGCGGUCAAGUUGGCGCGGCUCAUCUUCAAACGACUCUUUGAGACGUGCGGCGCGUGGACCAAGGAGCUGCCUUACCGCCGCCGCCCGCAGCCCUACUACGAGACGUCCAUCCACGCCAUCAAGAACAUGAGGCGCAAGAUGGAGGACAGGCACAUCAUCAUCCCCGACUUCAACACGCUUUUCAACAUUCAGGAUCAGGAAGAACAAGCUUUCUUCGCCGUGUUUGAUGGACACGGCGGCGUGGACGCCGCCAUUUACGCCGCCAACCACCUCCACGUCAACCUGGCUCGCCAGGACUCUCUAAGCCAAGACCCCGGCGAGGCCCUCCGCCGCGCCUUCAAAAUCACCGACGAGCACUUUGUCAAGAAAGCCUCGCGGGAGAACCUGCGCUGCGGCACGACGGGCGUGGUGACGUUCCUGCGCGGUCGGACGUUGCACGUCGCCUGGCUGGGAGACUCCCAGGUUAUCCUGGUCCGCCGGGGAGAAGUGGUGGAGUUGAUGAAACCGCACAAACCGGACAGAGAGGAUGAGAAGCAAAGGAUCGAAGCCCUGGGAGGCUGCGUGAUCUGGUUCGGGACGUGGAGGGUUAACGGCAGUCUGUCGGUAUCCAGAGCCAUAGGCGACUCGGAGCACAAGCCCUACAUCUGCGGGGACGCCGACCACGCCGCCUUCCCGCUGGACGGCUCGGAGGACUACCUGCUCCUGGCCUGCGACGGCUUUUGGGACACGGUGAGUCCGGACGAGGCGGUGCGCGUGGUGAGCGACCACCUCCAAGAGAAUGCCGGCGACACCGCCAUGGUGGCGCACAAGCUGGUGGCCUCGGCCCGCGACGCCGGCUCCAGCGACAACAUCACCGUCAUCGCCGUCUUCCUGCGAGAUCCGCGCACCCCGCCGGCGCCCGCCAGCGCCGAGGAGGACGAGGACGAGGGCGCCGCCGAGGCCGAGGCGGAAGAGGAGCCCGCCGCCGCCGCCGAGGCGGAGGAGGAACCUGAAGAAGAAGAAGAGGAGGAGGAAGAGGAGGAGGCGGCCAGGGCAGAGCGAGGCGGCGAGGGGGGCAGCGCGGCGGACAACGAGGGGAAAAGCCGCGGCGGGUGGCCCCUGCAGCAGUGCUCGGCCCCAACGCCCGCUGAGGAGCAGGUCCCGCCUCGCUUUCACGGACCCGCUGGGGCCCCGGACCGCCUCGCCGUUCGGCCGGGUGCCCGGGCCAAGCCGCAGAUGCGGCGACCUCAGGUGGCGCCGUAGAUUGGCCGAGCCGCUGGGUUCCGUGCCCCUUUACGCCAUCUGGAAGCCCGGCGCGGCCGUGCCCCGACUUCCCCGCGCUGCCGCCAUCUGACGCGAGCCGCCGCCUAAACACGGAACCACCUCCUUCCCGGGUAACUUCCUCCUAUCCAACACAAUUUUUGUUCGGUUUCUUUCUGGAUACUUUAGAUAGUUGUGGCUCCUGCGUUCGUAAACGUGACGAUUGACUGGUUGUGUCUGUCCGGGGGGGGGGGGGCUAAUUAAAAAAAAA